CAGCUCUCAGCUGGGUUCUUCUGGUUAAAGUCUGUAAUUUAAUUGAGUUUUGAUCGAGUAAUGGUGUGAAAGAAACGGAAAUAUUUCAAAGUUCUUCUCUUGUAGGGUUGGGUUUUUUCUCUUCCUUUUUUUUUUCUUUUUGAGGCAGGGGUGUUCUUGUAUGUAUAUAUGUAUGUAUACAUAGCUUGUGUUGCUGUGUCUUGUUUUCUUGCUUUGAAUUUGCUUGUUUUCAAUGGGAACUGAGAGUAUGAAACAGGAAGAGAAGAAAUCUGAUGAGGAAGUUAAGAGAGGGCAUUGGUUGUUAUACAGUUGUAAACAAGAUGAUCUUGUUUCAGACAAGGGACUUACAAUUUGUAAUAACUUCUCUCGACCUUGAGCCACUUAAACAAAGAUUUGACCAGAAGAAAGUCACUCACAACACACCAAAACUUAAAGGAUUUUUAAGACUAGAAGAAGAAAGAGAUCUCUACUUUUCAUAGGAGUGUUCAUUUCACCAAGUUCAUCAAACCAUGAAGAGAUCGCUUGGCUGCUCAGAUUCCAUGGCUGCUUUCAUGUCCAUCUGCCCAACCACAGAUGAAGAAAGUCCAAGAAACAACCAUAUUUACAGUAAAGAGUUGCAGUCGAUGUUAGAUGGAUUAGAGGAAGAAGGCUGUUUGGAAGAAGCAGGCCAUGUUGCUGAGAAGAAGAGGCGUUUAAGCGUGGAUCAAGUUAAGGCCUUGGAGAAGAAUUUCGAGGUCGAAAACAAGCUUGAACCUGAGAGGAAAGUGAAACUAGCUCAAGAACUUGGCUUGCAACCUAGACAAGUUGCUGUCUGGUUCCAAAACCGCCGUGCCAGGUGGAAGACCAAGCAAUUGGAAAGGGAUUAUGGCCUGCUUAAAACCAGUUAUGAAACUCUUAAGCUCAACUUUGAUACCCUCCAACAUGGCAAUGAAGCUCUUCUCAAAGAGAUAAGAGAGCUGAAAGCGAAGCUGAACGGAGAAAGCGUAGGGAGCAACCUUUCAGUGAAAGAGGAGGCGAUUCUGCCUGAAACUGACGAAAAAACAAUGGAACAAAGUGAACCACUUCCAGCUUCUUCUUUGGCCACUUCAUCCGAGCCAAUAGAACUGAACUACGAGUGCUUCAACAGCAGCAACAAUAGAGUGGCUGACGCCAUCCUUUUCCCAGAACUGAAAGAUGGGUCAUCAGAUAGUGACUCAAGUGCUAUCUUGAAUGAAGACGACCACACCAACACCAACAAUGGUGUUGUUUCGUCAUCUGGGGUCCUACAAAGCCAACAUCUUUUGAUGUCACCAACGACAACCUCUUCAUUCAAUUUCGACUCAUCUUCUUCGUCUUCACCAUCCUCCAUGAAUUGUUUCCAGUUCUCAAAAACAACCUAUCUUGUGAAGAUGGAAGAGCACAAUUUCUUUACUGCAGAUGAAGCUUGCAAUUUCUUCUCUGAUGAGCAAGCUCCAAGUCUUCAAUGGUGUUACCCGGAGCAAUGGAACUAAAAGCAGAAGCCAAAAUGAACAUGUAUGUAACAAAAUGCAAUGAAAUAAGCCAAAAAAGCAAAGUUGGGUAUCUAAAAUGAAGCUCCAAGAGUGUUGUAAGAUGCGAAUUAUGUAACCAGUUAAACUACUAAUACCGUGAAAGAAAGAGAAAAAUGAGGAUUUGGAGCUGAAGAAGAGGCACAGAGAUGGGUUGAUAUGGCCGCCGAAAGAGGGCCUAAAGCAUAUGGCGACACCAGGCCAGGCGUGCGGGAAUGAUUAGGUCGUAAUUGAUAGUACUUAUCUUUUUUCGCUCUUCUGCUGUAAAUGGAAAAAAUCUCCCCCACUCCAUUGGGGGAAAGUAAACAAAAUCAUCAAUCAUCAUUUUCUUUUAUCUUUUCUUUAUGCAAUAUAGUAACAAAUGAUGAAAGAAUUUUAGUUUUUCCUA